UAAAAAUAAGUUUCGGGGGGCUGGGUCAAUAUUAAAUAGCUGGAAAGUGCAUCAUGGCAACCAGGACAGUACUACCUGCAAUCCUAUUGGAUAUCUGUCACUAGCCACACCCACUGUGGAAAGUUUUUAAGCCACAGGUCGGUUUGUGUGUGGGGAGAGCCGGCAGAUUUGAUCUGUCCGUCAUCAUGGGGCUGCUAAUAGCUGCUGCAAUCGGCCUUGGGUCGGUGGUGGGGGCCCCGCUUGUACUAAGUGCCGCGGGGUUCACAGCGGCCGGCAUUGCUGCAGGAUCCGUGGCAGCAAAAAUGAUGUCUGCUGCAGCUGUAGCCAAUGGUGGUGGUGUGGCCGCUGGAGGCCUUGUUGCCCUCGCACAAUCAGCUGGCGCGGCAGGCCUUGCUAUCACCACCAAAGCUGGGAUAGCAGCCACUGGGGCAGUACUGGGGCUCCUGGUGUAAGAAAUACCUGCAAAGAAUGUCAUUUGGAACAGCACUUAAAUACUUAUCUGUAUACUAAGAAGCUAAUUUGCGACUAAUCAAUAAGUGAUUUAUAAUCUGAA